AUGGCAAACGAGCACCCAUCCCGCGGCGUCAAGCGGCCCCGAACCUCGAAGAAACGAGCACCUCCACCGUCCGACGACGAGCAUGCAGUUGAGGAGCAAAAUAUUUCAGAAGAAGGAGGACCGGGCCCUUCCCUUCAGGACGUGGAUCUGGUUGAGGAGGGGAGCACUGCUAAGGAACGAGGACCCGACCCGUCCGACGACGAGUCUCUUAUCGAGGAGCAGAAUACCGGACGGCCGGAACCGUCGGACGACGAGGACGUAGUAGUGGACAUGGAGACCUCCUCAGCAGCGUCGAAAAAGCCCAGACUAUCAUUCCUCCCUUCCAUCCCCGCCGCAACCGUAAAAGCCCGCGUCGCGACAAUAUCCGGCUGGGUCCUCCAACACCUCGCCCACCGCAUGGGCCCCACCGUCCCAACCCGGUCACUCAAAUUGUACGCACGGCUAGCCGGCGACCUCCUCCCGCUCGCCGGCCCCGAAUGGGCCGAGGAGGCCGCAGAACCUGAUAAUGGCGAGUUUACGCACGAUUCGCUCACACCCGCUCUUCUGGACGUGCGGACGCAGCUGGUGCUGUUGGCGGAUACACUGGCAACUGAUGCGGAAGCGAUGGGGACGGCGGUGCAGUUGCUGACGAUGGCGCUGUGUAGCCUUGAACUUGUGCGGCGGGAGAGUUUGAAAUCGUUGUUGGCGAACCAGGCCGGGCGGUAUGAGAGUGAAGACGAUGAGGAGUUUGCGAAGGUUGUAAGGGAGUCGUUGAAAGCGGAAAGUAGCGGGUUGGAGAAGACGUACGAGACUGUUGUUUUGGCGUUGAGGAAGGCGUGUGUUCUCCGGUUCUUGGCGGCGAGUUGGGCUGCGUUUUGUAAGACGUCGCCCGGGGCAGAUGAGGAGGCACAAUCACCAAGCGAGUUUCCAGCAAUGCACGCACUAGCCCUUCUCAAUAUCGUGUUCCCACCCACAUUACCACCGAAAUGGCAUGGGGCGCCAAUUACGAUAAAGCAACAUCAUAUACCCACUGUGAAGCUGUUCCACACAAGUCAACAAGCCCAUGCGAUGCGGUUGGAACUGUUCGAGGUAAUUGAUGCGCUGGACGCAGCUGCAGAGGCCUCGCAAGCGGAAACAGCGGAGGUUAUCAUUGUCCAUGAUGACGGCGCAUCUUCAACCGCCGCCGCCGACAAUGCUACAUCAUUGAAACCUGUUCAUCAGACCAUGCUCACCAAUGCGCCGCGGGAUUGGAACGAAGCUCGAGAGAAGGCGUGGAAAUACAUAUCCACCGCCCAGGAGUUUCGCGAAAGGAUGAGCGAUAUGAGCCCGCCGUCAGCGUCGGAAAGUGAGGCGCAGAAGAAUGGGAAUCGGCGAGAGUCGGACGUACGGCAUGUGGAGGUAGAUGGCACCACUACGCUGGAGAAGAUCCUGCAACAGGCCCAAUUAGAAGACGACGAACAUCAAAUGGAAGCUGAGCCUCGGCCACCACAGUUCGAGGAGUCAGAAGCAGAGGAUUAUGGAUAUGAGAAGAGUCGAGCAACCGAGUCGACGAACGAGGCUUAA